UAUCGUACUUGCAUAUACGCAAUAUGCAUAUAUUCACAUGUAUACUAUACAUGUGAAGUUCUAAUAGAAAUGGCAAAAGUGAUUUAUGGUAUUUUCUUUUUACUUUUUUUACUUUUUAAAAACACAGAAAGUCGAAAUUACACGAGAUGUGGCCUGGCCAAGGAACUAACAAGUUUGGGAUUUCAUAGGACAUUUAUAGGAAAUUGGGUUUGUUUGGUAGAAAGCUCAAGCGGUAAAAAAACUGAUAAAUUAUCACGAAAAUCAGAUGGAAGUAUUGAGCUGGGUUUGUUUCAAAUUAAUAGCAAGGUAUGGUGUACAUUUAAGAAAAAAGGGGGAAAAUGUAACAUGAAAUGUGAAGAUUUGCUCAACGAAGACAUUACAGACGAUUCCAAAUGUGUCCAGAAAGUGCACCAAGAAAAAGGAUUCAGAGGUUGGCCGGGCUGGAAGCGGAGUUGUUAUAUGAGAUAUCUACCUUUGUUAAUCGCUAGAGUUUGUUUUUAAAUAAAUUAAAAAAUAAUUUUAUUGCUAA